GCUCCUCCUCUUUUGCUGCAUGUAUUUCUUGCUCUUAUAGGCUGUUCGUCCUCAGACAUUCUCGCUCAGCAGAGUGGUGGAGAGCAAAGCUUCUCACUGGGGGAAAUAAGCUAACAGACGAGCAGAUCGCUUUCCCUCUCACCGAGAAAUCAACAUACCCUAGAAAAAGAUGGAGAGGAUGCAGGAUGAGGGAUUGGCGGACCACCUGGAGCGAGCAAGCCCGCUGACGGACAAGGAGAAGACUGCCGUCCAAGAAAUUUGGGCAAAAGUCUUCAUAAACUCUGAUGAUGUCGGGGUGGCCAUUCUAGUGAGGUUUUUUACGAAGUACCCAAAAUCCAAGCAGUAUUUCAACCAGUUCAAGGACAGCGAAGUGGAAGAGCUGAAGCACAGUGCCCAGUUUAGGAAGCAUGCUGGAAGAGUCAUGAAUGCUCUCAAUACAAUGGUGGAGAGUCUGGAUAACUCAGAAAAGUUGGAGUCAUUGCUGAAGUUGAUAGGCAAAUCCCAUGCCCUCAGACAUAAGGUGGAACCCGUGUACUUCAAGAAACUAAGUGAGGCCAUUUUGGAAAUCUUGGAAGAAGCUUUCCCGGAAGUAAAAACAACGGAAGUGCGCACGGCAUGGAUCAAACUCCUGGCUGUGAUCUGUUGUGGCGUCUCGGCUGUCUAUGAAGAAGAGGGGUGGACAAAACUCUCAACUUCAACUGGGUAACCAGCUGGUUGAAGCCGCUAGUGUGUGUGUAAUCAACAAGCACUGUGCACACCGAAAGAGUUAUCACUUUAAACCAUUGCCUCAUUAGACAGGGAUCAAUCAGCUGUAUUGGUCAUCGGUUGAAUGUAAUGUGUCUUUAUGGCUCUCAUCUUUUAACAAAACCUGGACAUAUGACAAUGAUGUAUAAUCAAAGACAAUAAUGGUUUGUAGCACACAUUCUCAUGUACACUACGUCUUCUCUGUGGGCAGCUAGCUGACAGUGAUGGAUGUUUUUAGAACUCAUGUAUGUGUGUGAGGGUGGAUGUGUCUGUAUGUGAUUUAGAAAAGAUGCAAAGUUAAAUUUCUCUUCCAUGUUUUUCUACUCUUCUAAAGGACCAAACUAUGUAACAAAUGAAACAAAGAGGAAACAAAAUCAAAUGUAGUCACAUAACUGGACCAUGUGUACCAUUUAUCUUGAUUGUGCCUUCUACAGAAUGUGUAUAGAAAUAUCCAUGUACAGUAAAUGACAUUCUUUAUAAAUAUCAUAUGAUAUUUGCCUGAUGCUUCCUGUUACCAGUCCAUUUCCACGUAUGUCCAUUUUAUCAGGUAUUAAAAUAUAAAGACAUUUUUACAUUUGAA